AUGGACGACAUAAAAAAUGAAUUCGGCAUAGAUGUUUCUUACAUGCUGGUCUGGAGAGCUAGAGAAAAGGCUAUGAAUGAUUUGAGGGGGGAUCCAGCUGCUUCAUACAAGAAAUUGCCGCCAUAUGUCUAUAUCCUAGAUAAAACAUAUCUUGGAUCACAUGUUAAAAUGCAUAAAUCAUGUGAAAAUGAGUUCCUGUAUUUCUUUGUAGCACUCAAAGCAUUCAUAAAGGGAUUCGAGCGUUGUAGACCAAUAGUGGUAGUGGAUGGUGCACACCUUAAAAACACGUAUAAUGGUACAUUCGUAUCCGCAAGUACUUUGGAUGGUGCAGCAUACACACAAGAUGAGUUUGAUAAACUGAUGGAAAAGAUUGAGAAUGUUGAUAUACGGGUAAAGGAAUAUUUGGAUGAUGCUGGAAGGGAGAAAUGGGCUCAUCUAUAUUCACCUGUUAACAGAGGUUGGACGAUGACUUCGAAUAUAGAGGAAUGUAUUAAUGGAAAACUAGUAGCGGCAAGAGAGUUGCCUGUUUUUGAUUUCCUUGAAGAAGUUAGGAGGAUGUUUGGGAGAUGGAAUUGCACAAAUAAGAAAAAUGGUACAUACACAUUCUCAACACUUUCAAGACGAUACCAGGAAAUUCUCUCAAUGAAUGAGUAUAAAUCGUUACGUAUGAGGGUUGAAGAAUCAACUGAAUAUGUUUAUACGGUUAAUGAUGGACCGAGACGUUUCAUAAUUGAUUUGAAGAGGAAGACUUGUAGUUGCCGGAUGUUCCAAAUGGACAAAAUACCAUGUUCACAUGCCUGGGCUGUCUUAAAGAGUAAAAAUCUAACGGCUGAUGCAUAUUGUUCAGAAUUAUUCAAGCCAAAUACAGUGGUGAAUACGUAUGAUGUUCUGGUUGAUCCACUUCCUGACGAGAGUGAGUGGAAUGUUCCAACACACAUAUUGGAGGAGGUUGUUCUGCCACCGAGAUACAAGAGACCUCCUGGUAGGCCAGAAAAGAAGAGGGAUAAUCCAUUAAUGGAGCUGAUGAUUGGUAAACGUAGGAAUGCUUGUAGUACAUGUGGACGUCUUGGUCAUAACAGGCGUUCGUGUGGUAAUCAGCCCCUUAAGAAGAAGAAAUAA